UGUCUUCAACAACAUUAAAUUUUCAGAAACCGAUUAAUAAGACCUUCAGUUCUGCUAUCUCUUCCCUAUCUUUUUCAUGUUUUGUUUUGUUCUAAUUGUGUCAAAUGAUUCUUCUCCUAUGGAAGUGGAACUUGAAACUUCCUGGUUCUUACAAUGUCUUCAUGCUUAUUUUUGCUUCUUCCUUAUCUUCACCUUGAUUACAAUUCUUCCACUUUUGUCUCUCUUGUUUAGUUUGUUACCCAGACCAAAGCUGUGGUGCACCUGUGAGAUUUGUCACACAUAUCUGAAUAUGAGUUGGUCAAAACAAUUCGACAAUCUUUGCGAUUGGUACACUCACCUGCUAAAGAACUCGCCAGGGAACACCAUCCAUAUCCAUGUUCUGGGCAAUACAAUCACAGCCAACCCUGACAACGUGGAGUACAUGCUCAAAACCAGAUUUGAGAAUUUCCCAAAAGGGAAACCUUUCUCCUUGAUCUUGGGUGACUUUCUUGGUCGAGGCAUAUUCAAUGUGGACGGCGAUUCCUGGAGGUUUCAGAAGAAGAUGGCAAGCCUGGAGCUUGGGAAACUCUCCAUUAAAUCUUUCGCUUUUGAGAUCAUCAACUGUGAGAUCAAAGACAGGCUUAUCCCUUUAUUGUCAUCCUUUGCAGCUAGCCAAAAAGAACAACAUCGGGUUCUGGAUUUACAGGAUGUGUUUAGAAGGUUUUCAUUUGAUACCAUAUGCAGGUUCUCUUUCGGGUUAGACCCUAAAUGCCUGGAGCUUUCCUUACCCAUGUCGAAAUUUGCUAUGGCCUUCGACUUGGCCUCCAAAUUAUCAGCUGAGAGAGCGAUGACCGCUUUCCCACUUGUAUGGAAGCUCAAACGGGCUUUGAAUUUAGGCAGUGAGAAGCAAUUGAAGAAGGCCAUCAAGAUUAUCCAUAUUCUAGCCAAAGAGGUGAUAAGGCAAAGGCGCAAAAUGGGAUUUUUAGCCCACAAUGAUCUUCUCUCCCGUUUCAUGUGUACCAUAAACGAUGAAACUUACCUAAGAGAUGUUGUGAUAAGCUUUUUGUUGGCUGGUCGUGACACGGUGGCAUCAGGUUUAACAAGCUUGUUCUGGCUAUUGGCAAAACAUCCAAACGUAGAGUCAGAAAUCAGACGAGAGGCAGACCGCGUCCUUGGAAAAAACCAGGAGCUUACAAGCUUCGGGGAGAUGAAAGAAUUCCAUUAUUUGCAAGCAGCAGUUUAUGAGAGUAUGAGGCUCUACCCACCCAUACAAUUCGAUUCCAAGUUUUGUGUUGACGACGACAUAUUACCAGAUGGGUCCUUGUUGAGAAGAGGUACUAGGGUUACUUAUCAUCCUUACGCCAUGGGACGGAUUGAAGAGAUAUGGGGUCCAGAUUGCUUGGAGUUCAAGCCUGAGAGGUGGCUGAAAGACGACGGCGUCUUCUCUCCUGAAAACCCUUUUAAGUACCCAGUUUUCCAAGCAGGAUUCAGGGUGUGUUUGGGGAAAGAGAUUGCUCUACUGGAGCUCAAAAGCGUCACACUCUCACUCCUCCGAAGAUUCCAAAUCCAGUUAGCGACAAGACCGCAUCCAACGUUACGAUUCUCUCCCGGACUCACCGCCACUCUUAGUGGCGGGCUCCCUGUCCUGAUUCGUGAAAGAGAAGUAGCACCUGCGUAAAAGCCUCUCCAGAAACUAAUAAUUACCAAUUGUAUGGCUGAAGUGAUACUACAAUAUCCAGACAGAAAGUGACCUAUCUAUGAUUAGUGUUAACGAAAAGUGUCUCUGAUUAUCAGUAUUAUUGAUCACUCAUUAUAAUAUCUAUCCGAUGACUAGUGUGCUAUAGGGCAAUAUUAGAUCUUAUUCUUGUACAAAAUAUAAGUUAUGGUGGCUGCCCCGUUUUUUUUUUUACCUGUAAAAACAGAUGGAUUUGUUUCUGUCGAUCAGUUCCAUCAAGCUCAUACCAGGAAACUAUCUAGAGAAGUACUAUCUUUUCAUCUACCUUAUUUCACUAUUAGUUAUUAAUGCUUUUACACUUGGCAUGAAAGUUUUACAGUUGAAAUUAAA